GACCAGGAAUGUUUUGGAAUCGGGACACCUCGGAAUAGAUCAUACAGAGAGCAUGGCCGAUUCAUGUCACUUCAACGAGGAAAUACCCGAAAUUAAAUAUCAAUAUCUUGACCACACGGCAGAUGUGCAGUUAUAUUCAUGGGGAGAUAACCUGACAGAAGCUUUUGAGCAGGUUGCCACGGCAAUGUUUGGGUACAUGACAACAGAUUACGAUACCGUAGAGAUGACAUCUGUAGAGGAAACAGAAGCAGAAGGCGAAGACAUGCAGCAGCUCCUGUUUCACUUCCUAGACGAAUGGCUGUUUGUGUUUAGUGCCGAUCCGUUCUUCAUACCAAGGAAAAUAGUGAUAACAGAAUUUGACAGAGAAAACUUCAAAAUCAAGUCGAAAGGGUAUGGUGAAGAAUUUGUCAUUGGAAAGCAUCCCCAGGGAACAGAAGUGAAGGCAAUAACGUAUUCAAACAUGCAAAUUCAUGAAGAUAAAAAUGAGAUUUUUGUUAUUAUUGAUAUUUGAUGUACCGGUAUACAAAUUAACAUGAACAACAUUUAUGUGGUGAAUCAUUGUACAAUAAGCAUUGAAUGUUUAAUGAUUUUUUUAUUAUUAUUUAUUUGUCCGUUUCCUAAUAAAAUAA